GCGCCGGGCGGAACUUUCCAGAACGCCCGCUGGGGAAAAGAGGCGGAGGGGGAGCCGCGGCUGCCCGAGCUGCGCGCACAGCCAACGCCUCUGAAACCCCCACCUCCACGCUUCCACCUCGCUCGCUCGCCAACACCGGCCUCGGCCCCGCUCUCCGGCUGUAGAAAAUGGUGAAAGAAACCACUUACUAUGAUGUUUUGGGGGUCAAACCCAAUGCCACCCAGGAAGAAUUGAAAAAGGCUUACCGGAAACUGGCCUUGAAGUACCACCCAGAUAAGAAUCCAAAUGAAGGAGAGAAGUUUAAACAGAUUUCUCAAGCUUAUGAAGUGCUCUCUGAUGCAAAGAAAAGGGAUUUAUAUGACAAAGGAGGAGAACAGGCAAUUAAAGAAGGUGGAGCAGGUGGCGGGUUCGGCUCCCCUAUGGACAUCUUUGAUAUGUUUUUUGGAGGAGGAGGAAGGAUGCAGAGAGAAAGGAGAGGUAAAAAUGUUGUGCAUCAACUCUCUGUAACCUUAGAAGAUUUAUACAAUGGUGCAACAAGAAAGCUAGCCCUGCAGAAGAAUGUGAUCUGUGACAAAUGUGAAGGCCGCGGUGGUAAGAAAGGAGCAGUAGAGUGCUGUCCCAAUUGCCGAGGUACUGGAAUGCAAAUACGAAUUCAUCAGAUCGGGCCUGGAAUGGUCCAGCAAAUUCAGUCUGUGUGCAUGGAAUGCCAGGGCCAUGGGGAACGGAUCAGUCCUAAGGACAGAUGUAAAAGCUGCAAUGGAAGAAAGAUAGUCCGAGAGAAGAAAAUUCUGGAAGUUCACAUUGACAAAGGCAUGAAAGAUGGCCAGAAGAUAACAUUCCACGGUGAAGGAGACCAAGAACCAGGACUGGAGCCAGGAGACAUUAUCAUUGUUUUGGAUCAGAAGGACCAUGCUGUUUUCACUAGGCGAGGAGAAGACCUUUUCAUGUGUAUGGACAUACAGUUGGUUGAAGCAUUGUGCGGCUUCCAAAAGCCAAUAUCUACUCUUGACAACCGAACUAUAGUAAUCACUUCUCAUCCAGGUCAGAUUGUGAAGCAUGGUGAUAUCAAGUGUGUGUUGAAUGAAGGCAUGCCAAUUUACCGUAGACCAUAUGAGAAGGGUCGCCUAAUCAUUGAGUUUAAGGUAAACUUUCCUGAGAAUGGCUUUCUCUCUCCUGAUAAACUCUCCUUGCUGGAAAAACUCCUUCCUGAGAGGAAGGAAGUAGAAGAGACUGAUGAAAUGGACCAGGUAGAAUUGGUGGACUUUGAUCCAAAUCAGGAAAGACGGCGCCAUUACAAUGGAGAAGCUUACGAAGAUGAUGAGCACCAUCCUAGGGGUGGUGUUCAGUGUCAGACCUCUUAAUGGGGACAGUGAGUUACACACUUCUGGCAUUUCAUGUGCAGUAGUGAAUGAGUGAAGGACUAUUCAGUAAUAUACUCACUACUUGCAAUUGUUUUGUUUUAAUAUUCAACUAUAGUAGUGUUUUAAAAGUUAAAUGAAGAAUAAACUGAAAUAUGAAAGCUCCGACUUUGCCCUGUAUGUAUGAUGACUUCAGUGUGCAAGAUGAAGUUUAAUACUUGUAAAAAUUACUUUAAAGGAAAAUUGCCCCUAACAUGUUCGACCAUACCUUGUAAUUGAUUGCAGCUGUGUACAUGGAAUCGCUUGGAUUGAAAACCGGGGUAUAUGUAUUGACUUCACUGUAUGACCCUUACAUGUUUACGCUAUGAAACUUAAAAUUCUGUAUUUAACUGGCAAUCAGACAAAGAUCUUAAUUUGUAGAGAAGUGUUGGCUUGUAUAGUUACUUGUGUUAAGUGGGAUUCUUGUUAUGCCUCUGCAUUCAUUCUCUACGUCAGCUGUUACUUGAUGGCAUGAUACAUAAUUGAGCCUGUGGUAUCAGUGUCAGAACAGAUAGCUUUCUGAAGAAGGGUUUUAUCAUCUAUGCUGCUUCUUAAGGGCUUGCACUUGUAGAAUUGAAUUCCCUUGUGCUGUGCCAUUCCCCCCCCCCCUUUAAUAUAUAUAUAUAUAUAAAAUGCUGACCUGGUUACACACAUUCUUCCCUCUAGACCAUGAUAAGCCUCAUUAGUGACUUCUGGUGCAGGAUUUACUUAAAAGUGACAAGACCUUUAACAUGGAGAAGUAUUUGCAUGUAUGAGAUAGGAAAGUAUUUUUAAGAUAUGUUACAGGCUUACUAUAAACCAUUUAACUGUGCUCCAAAGUAACUGUAUGUUGAUAGUAUAGCAAAUUAUGAUGAGUAGCUUUAAUUGUAUGUUUAAGUCAUGUUCACAAGCUUAAAUCUGGAAAUCAGAAUUUAAGCAAUUCUUGAAAUGUAUGAAUGUGUCCUUAAUAUACUGAUUACAAAGUACUUCCGAUGUGUGUCACUACAGGCUUUUUUCCCCUCAGAUUAAAACAUUGAUUUUUACUAUCA